AACUUUGUUUUGGCGCAAGCUGCAGUAAGAAUGACUACGAAACCAUCCAGCAGCUGCAGCAAUAGCAGCACCAGUCGUGGCAAUGCUAAUCCUGGCAUUGAUGACAUCAAUCUGGAGGCGCUGACACUCAGCGAAGGUAUACGGGACUCGCCCGUCUGCAUUAUUGUGCUUGGCAUGGCCGGUUCCGGCAAGACAACGUUCACACGCAGUCUUAUCCAGCACGCUCAGGCGCAGUUUAAUCCGUAUGUGGUCAACCUUGAUCCCGCAUGCCGGGAGGUUCCUUAUGCGGCGCAUAUUGAUAUACGCGACACCGUGAACUACAGAGAGGUAAUGAAACAAUAUCAGCUGGGCCCCAAUGGCGGCAUUGUGACUGCGCUGAACAUGUUCACCACCAAGAUGCCCAAAUUUGCGGAGCUGGUGCGUCGCGCCGGCGAGCGUGGCCACAAAUGGUGCAUCAUCGAUACGCCCGGUCAAAUUGAAGUGUUCACUUGGUCAGCAUCGGGCAGCAUUAUCACUGAGGGCCUGGCCACCAUGUUUCCCACAAUAGUUGUCUAUGUUAUGGAUGUUGUGCGCUCCAGUUGCCCCACCACAUUCAUGUCCAAUAUGCUGUACGCCUGUUCCAUAUUGUACAAGACGCGGCUGCCCUUCUUGAUAGCGCUCAACAAGAUUGACCUGAAGGACUGCAGCUUUGUCCAGGAAUGGAUGACCGACUUCGAGGUGUUCCAAGAUGCAUUGGAGCAGGAGCACAGCUAUGUCAACAAUCUGACACGCACUAUGUCGCUGACACUUGACACAUUUUACGAGAAUCUAAUCACAUGCGGUGUCUCAGCCAAAACGGGCAUUGGCUUUGCCACCUUGAUAAAGCACAUCCUCGACUGUGUCAACGAAUACGAGCGCGAUUACAAGCCGGUGUAUGAAAAGAUGCGUCUACAGCGCCUGGCCGACCAAAAGGCCAUAUCAUUCCCAGCAACAGUCGUCGAUGCGGCGGGCACAGCGGUGCCCAUGGGCCUAAAUCUGAGUGAUCCAAUAAGCAAUGCGGACAACAGCGUAUUCCUCAUGGCGCCCAGUCUGGUGCCGGUACAAAUGGAUGCAGAUACAGAGGAGUCUGAAGCCGAUGCCAAGAAUACAACAGAGGAGCAAAAUUUUCAGAGUUUCGUUCAAGAUCAUUUGACGGCGCAGCAAAACAAACACGACAAACAGCAGCGGGCGCAGCAGGAACAGAAAUCUUAGGCGAUAGAUUAAGCUCGUCAGUAAAUCUAGUUUUAAGCUUAAAGAAAAACUAAGUUUAUAGCUAUAUACACACUGUGAAAUUCGUAAUGAAAUCCUUAUAUUUUAUGCAGUUAGUUUGUUCUUUAUUAUUUUAUUCACUUUAACAAGCAAAAACAUUCAAUAU